AUGGAGUACGAGGAAGCAAAAUGGCUGAUGAACGAGGCAAUAUAUACGAACAGAAACGACGAGGUGACAGCAAUAAUAAGACGAUACGGGUUGUCAUAUGUACCAGAGUGGAGAGAAGGAUACGCGCUCAUUAUAAGGGCACUGCUAAGGAAAAAGGAAAGGGUGGUGGAGACUCUCAUUGUGCAAAACGCGGAUAUAAAUAGACCAGAUCACGGAAACUCCAUAUUUCCAUUAUGCAGAAUUUUAAAAUAUUCAACCACGGAAUUAGCAUGGUUACUCAUUGCCCGAGGUGCAAAUAUCAAUACAGGUAACGAUGACAGUGGAAAUCGACCGAUACAUCAGCUCGUCAUCGCUGCUGGACAGGAAACAGGAGCAAACAGGGCAAGGCUGGCAGAAAUAAUGGAACACAUGUUACAAAAUGGAGUCAAAGUAGAGGCAAGAAAUCGCGAAGGAGUAGCAGCUAUGCAUCUGGAUGUACGACAAGGGUACAUGGAAAUAUUUGAUUUGUUUACUGAACAUAAUGUAAAUAUGGACGUUGAUGAUGAAAAAGGAAGAACACCAUUAUUCUACUCAGUGGAAUAUGGGCAAUCGGAAAGAGUAAAAGCACUAUCAAAACAAGGGGCUAGAACGACUAAUGAAGGGGCAACACCAUUGCACCUAGCAGGAGCGAGAGGAUAUGAUAAGAUUGUAACAAUACUGCUAGAAAAUGGGGCAAAUGUUAAUAUAAAAGAUAAAAAGGGAAGAUACGUGAUACAAUAUUGCAGAUAUGCGCGACAAGAUGAUGUUUUGCCUGCAGGAUACGAAAAAGAGCCGGAUGAAAUAUCGUCAGUCACUGAGGGACACGUUAGCUGGACGCAUUCGAUAAUAAAACAGUUCCUCAUAAGAAAAAGAGUUAUAGGAGAUAUGAUAAACCAGGAUUUGGAGUUGGAAUUGUUGUACUUGAAGCAAAAUGAAGCAGAGUAUGAAGUAAAAUGUAGAGAGGAAAUGGAGGAAAUGAAAAAAAUUGUGUUAAUACGUCAAGCCAAAAGAGAAGUGACACCUAUCGACGUGUGGAAAGCAUCAACAGAAAGUAUGAGGCGAUUUAUAGGACAUAAGGAUUUUGUCCGAAAGCUUCAACGAGGGAAGAUCGGUCACUAUGGGAAUGACAUGAUGGAAAAAGUCGUGGCGGCAUGA